AUGGAAAUAUCAGGUGGGCUGAGUCCAAGAUUCAGUUCCAGUGCAUUGAACACAGAGAAAGAUGGCGGAAAUUUGAUGCCGGGUCUCGAGAUGGAGGCCGGGGUGCCCGAUUUCGGGCCCGACCACCAUUUCCACCCAAUGAGUGCCCUCGAGAUCCUGAGAGAGACUGUUAGGAUCCUCAGGUACAACUCAGCUGGGUUCAUGGCGAUUGUUGCCCUUCUAAUCUGCCCCGUCUCGGCCGUGGUCUUGUCCAAUGUUUUAGUCGACCAAUCCCUCGUAAAACGGCUUACCUUCAGGCUAAUGCUGGUUGCGAAAUCCAGCGGGCUCCCUCUUAAGCCCUUUGUGAAGCAUUCUUGUUACAAGCUGUCGGAGGUCGUUGUCUCGGUCAUAAUGUGCUUCCCCUUGUUCAUCACGCUAUCUCUUUCGUCGAAGGCUGCCGUGGUUUACUCUGUCGACUGCACUUACUCGAGGAAAAAGUUCGACUACUCCAAAUUUUACGUGAUCAUCUCCAAGAUAUGGAGACGCAUAGUCUUCACCUACAUGUGGGUAUGCGUCGUGAUCUCAGGCUGUCUCACGUUGUUCCUUGUCUUUCUUGUCGUGGUAAGCAGCGUGUUCUUGACCAUGGGUUUCCCACCCGAUUUGAUUCUUUACCCAGCCAUGGUGGUCGGGUUCAUAUUCUCGAUCGUGAUUGCAAAUGCCAUUAUAAUUUGCAAUAUUGGUGUUGUGAUCUCGGUUCUGGAGGACGUGUCGGGCCCGCAGGCCUUGCUGAGGUCUAGCUCGUUGAUUAGGGGCCAGACUCAGGUGGGGCUGUUGAUAUUUCUCGGGUCGACUAUGGGGUUGGCAUUUGUGGAGGGACUUUUUGAGCACAGGGUGAAGACGUUGAGUUAUGGAGAUGGGUCGUCGAGGAUUUGGGAAGGGCCUUUGCUGGUCGUGAUGUACUCGUUUGUUGUGCUGGUGGACUCGAUGAUGAGCACGGUUUUUUACUUCAGCUGCAAGUCUUACCGCAUGGAGAAUGAAAAUGCGGAGAGCGAGCCGGUUCUGGAAGCCCUUAAUAUUGCACCUUGA